GGUAGGUAUAUGUAUGUAUACUAACAACCAACAAUACCUACACCAGUUGAUCCCGCACACCCCUCUUGACCAAUCCCAGGACUGGAUGGCAGGUUGGGCCAGGGGUAAGCAUACUGUGUUGAUACGUCCCAUCUCUACUAGACGCCUGCAGGGGUUGUGCCAAGCAAUAAGAUGACCGCAGUGCCCUUCAGCCACGCUUCCCCUUACGAGACGGAAGGUUACAAUUUUUGCGGCUCUGCGGCUCUGCGUGGAGCUCCCUCCAGAGCUGGAGGGGGGUCAGAAGGAUUCCUACUCUCCCCCAUGUACAACUUAGAACGCCUAGUAACAUAACAGUCUAGUUUAUUCUGUCUCAAUGGCAUCAUUUAUAUCCUUUGAGGCAAGCUGCUUCUUAUUUCUUGCUUCGCCUCUUUGUUGCUUGCGAGGCAUGUCCUACAACAUAUGCAACACCAAGCUUCCCUUCACAAGUCCUAUCUCAUGUCCUAAGUCAAGCUAGGAGCUUGCUUUUCGGUCAUCUUCUGACAUUCUAUUAUACAUAUUAUACUAUAUACCAACUUUUCUCCUCGUGGUCUUUGCCGUCGGGGCUUAUUUCCGACAAGGACCCGGUCAAGACCCGAAGUCGAAGGACUGUGCCUCCCAUUUAUUCUAUCAACGACCAUCUAGAACAUCUUACUUAGACCCUGAGGUGCCUUAAUGUGACCAUCACCAAACACAUCUAGCUCAUUAACAAUAGGAUACCUGAGAAAGAUGGAGUAUCAACACUAUACCUACUCCGAAGCCAUGCAACUCCCGGAAUACAUGGAGACGGAUAUAUCGAUGGAUGGCUUCAUCGAUCCUAACCUCAAGCCUUCCGCCCUACACUGGACUCCACAGAUUCAACGAUACUUGACGGAUAACAGCAAGUCUUCAAUCUGCAUAUUUGACACCACCCUUCCAGAAACUGUUGUCCGAAGAGGUGACUACGUGCCGCCGCUUCCUUCCAGUCUUGUUCAACGUCGCGACUCGCCGUCAUUCUCUCACACAUCAUCAACGACCAGCAGCGCAUUAAGUCCACCGAGAGAGGGAGACUACUAUCAGGCGCACUCGCCUCCUACACCUACUGAUACAACCGUGGUGUCCCCAUUUUUCCAGAUGAGCCCCAACUCCCGUGAUCAACUAUACCAGCUCACAGGCCUUGCGGACGAUUGUGUAAAGCCAUUCGACAUCAAUCCCUUCCAGGAGACGCCUGAAAGCUAUUCUGAUGAUGUAAACCUUAAAGCAGAAUUUCCUUCCAGAAGUUACAGCAUGACAAGUGACGACAGUAUCUCCCACUUAAGCACAUGCUGCGGCCUCGGUCUCGGGCAGGUCAAUACUGCCCGGCCUAUGAGCCCCCAAGGGUUCACACCGGAAGCAAAGGGAGAGGUUCACAUGCCAGAGUCGGGUGCACUUUAUCCGGAAUUUGAUACGGAAGAUGAAAUGACAUCUGGCGAGGAAGCUGAACUGUUCGAAAUAAAACACGAGGAUGACGACGAUGAAUACAAACCAACUCAGAAGUACAUGCAGACAAAUUAUAAUGCAAGCCGCCAGAUGAGGACAUGCAAACGCCGCAACAGUUCUACAUCUCUACCAGAAGUAAAACGACUUAAGACCGAGCUCAACAUCCCCACUGCAACGCAUAGACAGGCUGCGAAGCCUGUGAUACAUGGGCCACCAAAGGGCAACUUAUCCUGCCCCGAGUGCCCCAAAAAGGUCUUGUUCAAGGACGAGGGCAGCUUGAACAACCACAUCAAGAAGCAACACACGCGACCCUUUAUCUGCGUUUUCGGAUUCGCAGGCUGCAAAUCGACCUUUGCCAGUAAGAACGAAUGGAAACGACACUGCUCCUCCCAACAUCUGGUCCUAAACUACUGGGUCUGCCUACAAGACCAAUGCUCAAGAUCGUCGAGCAAACCAACAACGAUUGGCCGCAACCGGCCCAAUGCCUCCCCCUCCUCCUGCUCCCACGGCGUCCGUUCGCCAAACGGGACCAUAUUCAACCGCAAGGACCUCUACACCCAGCACCUCCGCCGCAUGCACAUCCCCGCCGGCCUCAAGAAGCAGGUUAAGCAAAGGAAACCCGCGCCCGAGUGGGAGGCGCAGGAGCGAAAACACCAGGACGAGGCGAAGCGGACGCGGUGCGACCUGCCGACUUACAUGCGGUGCCCGGCGGCCAACUGCAACGCCCGCUUCGACGGCUCCAACGCCUGGGACGAGCGGAUGGAGCACGUCGCGAAGCACCUGGAGAAGGCCGUCACUGGCUCCGAGCCCCCAAUCGAGUUUGGCGGGGCGCAUGACGAGACGUUGAUGGAGUGGGCGACCAGGCCCGAGAUCGCGAUCGUUGAGAGGGGCGAAAGGGGGAAGUGGAGAUUACGCAACCCCCUGAAGACUAACGGAGGUCUUAUCGUGGGGGCGGUGGCAGAUCACAAUGGAGAUGAGGAUGCCGAGGGCGAGGAAGUUGAGGAAUGAUUGUCUCCAAUUAAAAAAAAAAGCCAGACCAUCCUGUGGCUUGCUUGUCACACCUACCUAGGUAUAGCAGCUCGGUCUGACACACAUCCAUGUAUAAUGAAUCUCGUUGGUAUACAAACUUAGGGAGGGGCCGUUUUUGGAUACCCUCGGUUUGGAAUGAAUAUGGUAAAAUAUCUACCUAUACGAUUAACACGAAUGAAAUCAAGGACUAUGUAGACAUUGAAUGAUACCAAUAUGCGCCUUCACUGGA